AUGGCCUCCCUUCUCAAUGUUUUGUUGCGAAAAUCUCCUAAUUUCGGCCAAAAAUCGGUCUUAUUAAAGAACAUUCCCGCUGUUCAUAAUGUGAACUCCCAAAGAGAUGGGCACCGGUGGUUCCCUGAUCCAGACUUUGUGAAACAAUUUGAAGGGCCAGUCAUGUAUCCUGAUGAAUCGACCAAAUCAUUGAAACCUGUUCCUUAUAACAGCAUCAUAAAACCGGCCGAAAAGAAAGUACGCAACAUGAUCCUGAACUUCGGGCCCCAGCAUCCAGCCGCUCACGGGGUGCUGCGUCUCGUACUGGAACUGGACGGAGAGACAGUCCGUGCAGCAGAUCCUCACAUAGGUCUCCUGCACCGUGGUACUGAAAAGCUGAUCGAAUACAAGACAUACACCCAAGCCCUGCCGUACUUCGACCGUCUGGACUACGUGUCCAUGAUGUGCAACGAGCAGUGCUACAGUCUGGCCGUCGAGAAGCUGCUGAACAUCGAUGUUCCUCUGCGGGCCAAGUACAUCAGGACUCUGUUUGCGGAGAUAACCCGCCUACUGAACCACAUAAUGGCGGUCGGCACACACGCGCUCGACGUGGGGGCGCUCACUCCCUUCUUCUGGCUGUUUGAGGAGAGAGAGAAGAUGAUGGAGUUCUACGAGAGAGUCAGCGGCGCCAGGAUGCACGCCGCCUACAUCAGACCAGGAGGGGUUUCGCUUGACAUGCCGCUGGGUCUGAUGGACGACAUCUACGAGUUCUCGUCGAAGUUCGCCGAGCGCAUCGACGAGGUGGAGGACGUGCUCACCACCAACAGGAUCUGGGUGCAGCGGACCAAGGACAUCGGCGUGGUCACUGCGCAGGACGCGCUCAACUACGGCUUCAGCGGUGUGAUGCUGCGGGGCUCCGGCAUCAAGUGGGACCUCCGCAAGACGCAGCCCUACGACGCCUAUCCCUUCGUCGAGUUCGACGUGCCCAUAGGGACGCACGGCGACUGCUACGAUAGGUACUUGUGUCGCGUCGAGGAGAUGCGCCAGUCCCUCCGCAUCAUCGAGCAGUGCCUCAACGACAUGCCCCCCGGGGAGGUCAAGACCGACGACGCCAAGCUCACCCCGCCCUCCCGGGAGGAGAUGAAGACGUCCAUGGAGGCGCUGAUCCACCACUUCAAGCUGUUCACGCAGGGCUACCAGGUGCCGCCGGGCUCCACCUACACCGCCGUGGAGGCUCCCAAGGGGGAGUUCGGGAUCUACCUCGUCUCCGACGGAGGCUCCAAGCCGUACAGAUGCAAGAUCAAGGCGCCGGGCUUCGCGCACCUGGCGGCGCUGGAGAAGAUCGGCAGGAACUCCAUGCUGGCGGACAUCGUGGCCAUCAUCGGGACCCUGGACGUGGUCUUCGGGGAGAUCGACCGGUAGAACGUUGAAGCAGUAGACACAUGUACAUUUUUAUGUUUAAGAAAUAAAUUAUCUUAGAAAAUC